AGUCGAUGCCAAAUCCAGAAUUCUUGAAGCCACGGCGGAAGAGAGAGAAAGAGAAAGAGAGAGGAGAGAACAUUGAGAGAGAGGGAGAGAGAAGGUUUCGGCUUUCAGACAUUAGAGAACCGCGGCCAUGGCAGAUUCCAGCGGUUCAGUUUCCGUUGAUAUGGAGAUGAUUUCUCUCGGUGGAAAGGAACAUCUUAUACAAACUGGCCGUGGUUCCAUUUCUGUUGCUGUGUUUGGAGAUCAGGACAAGCCAGCACUUGUUACUUACCCUGAUUUAGCUCUAAAUCAUAUGUCCUGUUUCCAAGGAUUGUUCUUUUGUCCAGAAGCUGCUUCUUUGCUACUUCAUAACUUCUGCAUUUAUCAUAUUAGUCCUCCCGGGCAUGAGUUGGGAGCUGCUGCAAUUUCUCCUGAUAUCCCUGUGCCUUCUGUUGAUGACCUAGCAGAUCAGGUUGCGGAGGUUCUUGACUACUUUGGGCUUGGUGCAGUGAUGUGUAUGGGGGUGACAGCGGGUGCUUACAUCCUUACCCUAUUUGCUAUGAAAUACAGGGAGCGGGUAAUUGGUUUGAUACUUGUUUCUCCUCUAUGUAAAGCUCCUUCGUGGACUGAGUGGUUGUAUAAUAAGGUGAUGUCAAAUUUGCUCUAUUUUUAUGGGAUGUGUGGUAUGUUGAAGGAAAUCUUGCUUCAGCGUUACUUUGGCCCGGAAGUUCGUGGUGAUGCACAAGUCCCGGAAUCAGAUAUUGUACAGGCAUGCAGAAGAUUGCUGGAUGAAAGGCAGAGCACAAAUGUUUUACGGUUUCUUCAGGCCAUUAGUGGGAGAUAUGACCUCACUGAAGGAUUGAAGAAACUACAUUGCCGGACGCUAGUAUUUGUUGGUGACAACUCUCCUUUCUACUUGGAAGCCAUCCACAUGAGCUCAAAACUUGACAGGAGAUACAGUGCCUUGGUUGAGGUUCAGGUUUGUGGAUCGAUGGUGACAGAGGAGCAGCCUCACGCAAUGUUGAUACCCAUGGAGUACUUUCUAAUGGGAUAUGGGUUGUACAGGCCAUGCCAUCUGAGUAACAGCCCGAGGAGCCCGUUGAGCCCGUCAUGCAUUUCUCCGGAGCUGCUUUCACCAGAGAGCAUGGGCUUGAAGCUAAAGCCGAUAAAGACACGGGUUUCUUUGCAAGUUUGAGAGCAGCAGCAGAAAGGAAAACCCCUGUUGUAUAUUUUCUAUUCAUUGGUGGUAGUGGCGGAUCAUUAGUCAUGCGGAAGAAUUGUUGGGGGAUUGUAGAUAGCCGAGUGAAGUGAUAGAAGGAAGGGGGAAAAAAAAAGGAAUACAUACAUAUUUAUUUUUUAUUUUUAUAGUGAGAGACAGAGAGAGUGGAGUUGAAUUCAUUCAUUUGUAACUAGUCAUAAGCCAUUUUGAACUGAGCAGAGCUGUUCUGUCUGUAAAUCCUCACAAACAAAUUAUUUAUGAAUUAUGAUGUUGACGAGCAAUUAUAAUAAAUGUGGUGGAAUUAGCCUC